GGGUGUCAGGCUCCACGGCGCAUGCUCCGGAAUCAUCCUCUGGCCCUGGAGCUGCUGCUGCUGCUGCUGCUUUUGCUUUUGGGGCUGAGUUUAAUAAGCGAGCGAGCGAGCGAGAGAGCGCGGGGGGAAAAAGGCAGAGAAUGUCCGCCAUCUACCCUCCGCUCCUGGGCGCGCUCUCAUUCAUAGCAGCUUCUUCAUGAAUUACAGCUGAGGGGGGCGGGGGAGGGGGGUACCAUACAACACCCCAGCAAACCUCCGGGCCCCCAGGCAUGGCUAGCUCGUGUGCCGUACAGGUGAAGCUGGAGCUGGGGCACCGCGCCCAGGUGAGGAAAAAACCGACCGUGGAGGGCUUCACCCACGACUGGAUGGUGUUCGUGCGCGGUCCGGAGCACAGUAACAUACAGCACUUUGUGGAGAAAGUCGUCUUCCACUUGCACGAAAGCUUCCCUAGGCCAAAAAGAGUGUGCAAAGAUCCACCUUACAAAGUAGAAGAAUCUGGGUAUGCUGGUUUCAUUUUGCCAAUUGAGGUUUAUUUUAAAAACAAGGAAGAACCUAGGAAAGUUCGCUUUGAUUAUGAUUUAUUCCUGCAUCUUGAAGGCCAUCCACCAGUAAAUCACCUCCGCUGUGAAAAGUUAACUUUCAACAACCCUACAGAGGACUUUAGGAGAAAGUUGCUGAAGGCAGGAGGGGACCCUAACAGGAGCAUUCAUACCAGCAGCAGCAGUAGCAGCAGCAGUAGCAGCAGCAGCAGCAGCAGUAGCAGCAGCAGCAGCAGCAGCAGCAGCAGCAGUAGCAGCAGCAGCAGCAGCAGCAGUAGUAGCAGCAGCAGCAGCAGCAGCAGUACCAGUUUUUCAAAGCCUCACAAAUUAAUGAAGGAGCACAAGGAAAAACCUUCUAAAGACUCCAGAGAACAUAAAAGUGCCUUCAAAGAACCUUCCAGGGAUCACAACAAAUCUUCCAAAGAAUCCUCUAAGAAACCCAAAGAAAACAAACCACUGAAAGAAGAGAAAAUCGUUCCUAAGAUGGCCUUCAAGGAGCCCAAACCCAUGUCAAAAGAGCCAAAACCAGACAGUAACUUACUUACCAUCACCAGUGGACAGCAAGAUAAGAAGGCUCCUAGUAAGAGGCCACCCAUUUCAGAUUCCGAAGAACUCUCAGCCAAAAAAAGAAAAAAGAGUAGCUCAGAGGCUUUAUUUAAAAGUUUUUCUAGCGCGCCACCACUGAUACUCACUUGUUCUGCUGACAAAAAACAGAUUAAAGAUAAAUCUCAUGUCAAGAUGGGAAAGGUCAAAAUUGAAAGUGAGACGUCAGAGAAGAAGAAAUCAACUUUGCCACCAUUUGAUGACCUUGUGGAUCCCAACGAUUCAGAUGCAGAGGAGAAUAUGUCCUCUAAAUCUGAUUCUGAACAACCCAGUCCUGCCAGCUCCAGCUCCAGUUCCAGCUCCAGCUUCACACCAUCCCAGACCAGGCAACAAGGUCCUUUAAGAUCUAUAAUGAAAGAUUUGCAUUCUGAUGAUAAUGAAGAGGAAUCAGAUGAGGCUGAGGAUAAUGACAAUGACUCUGAAAUGGAGAGACCUGUAAAUAGAGGAGGCAGUCGGAGUCGCAGAGUUAGCUUAAGUGAUGGCAGUGACAGUGAAAGCAGUUCUGCUUCUUCGCCCCUACGUCAUGAACCUCCACCACCCUUAUUAAAAACCAACAACAACCAGAUUCUUGAAGUGAAAAGUCCAAUAAAGCAGAGUAAAUCAGAUAAGCAAAUAAAGAAUGGCGAAUGUGACAAGGCGUAUCUAGAUGAACUGGUAGAGCUUCACAGAAGGUUAAUGACACUGAGGGAAAGACACAUUCUGCAGCAGAUCGUGAACCUUAUAGAAGAAACUGGACACUUUCAUAUCACAAACACAACAUUUGAUUUUGAUCUUUGCUCGCUGGACAAAACCACAGUUCGUAAACUACAGAGUUACCUGGAAACAUCUGGAACAUCCUGAGGAUACAACAACUGGAUGCAUCAAAAACUAUUUUUUUUUCUUGGUUGUGAUUUUUUUUUUUUUUGUGGUUGUUGUUGUUUAUAUGAAAACACUCAGAAUGAUGCAACCAAAAGGGAAAAAAAUAAAAAUCAAACAACCUUCAGCUUUAUUUUUCUUUAAAGCCAGUCAUCAUCUCUUGCUAAAGGAGAGGUUAAGCAAACCAGCCUCAGCGGACCACUCUUCUCUCCAAGGAAAUCCCCGGGAAGAGUUAGCCUGGAUAGCCUUGAAAACAAAUGCAAACACAACACAAGAAAGCUUAAAGAAUGUGUAUGGUAUCAUGUAUCUCUCUCUGUGGUGGUUCAUUCCACAGGACGAAUGCAUAUUCAACACACUGCCUUAUUACAUAACUGAUCUAUUUAUUAUCACAUACAGAUAUUCUAAAGUCGUUGAGGGAAUGACACCACCAGACAUUAUACGUACUUGGUCCCGUGGAUGCUCUUUCAAUGCAGCGCCCUUGCCAUCCCAAGCCCAGUGACCUUACUCGUAUACCGUGCCACUUUCCACCAACUUUUUCCAAGUCCUUUAACUCGUUGCAGUCUGUAUUUUCCACCUUUUGUUUUUCCAGUUGCAGGACACAAAUUAUCAACUGGGGGGACCAAAUAGCCACCUUGAUUUUCUUCUUUGUGGUCUUUUUCCACAAAAAGUUGGGGCCUCGUCCUUGGCUGUAUCCAUGUAAUGAUCUCGGACCAUGGUAGAAAAUGCACCAAAUAGGAUCAUAUGAAUUGCUGUCUAGCCUUAGUCAAUAAACCUGUAGGACUUUUAAACAAAAGUGUACCUGUAAACGUCCUGAAUCUGGCAUUGUUGAGCUGUCAUCAACAUUCUCGUGUCUGUUUUACUGUUAUAAUAUUAGGUAAAUAUGGAAGUAAAAGCAUUCCACAGGAUCAUCAUUUUUUUAAAAAAAGAAAUUCUGGUCCUGUUUUCUAGAAAAAAUGUUGUAGAAAUUCUUAAUUUGGAUCUAUUUAUUAGUAAGUUUCAGCUUUCUUCAGCUGCCAGUGUGUUAUGAUUCAUCUUUACCAUAAAAACCUGGAAUAAGAGAUUUUUGUUUGUUCACAUAUGAUUCUCUUAGACUCUUUUAUAUUUGAAAAAUUAAAAUAUUUCUUUUGGGAGAAAUUGUUUUUUCUGCCAUAACAGAUUAUGUAUUAACUUGUAGAUUCAGUGGUUCGAUACCUGUUUAGUCAUUUGCUAAUAUUUCCAGAAGAAUUUCUUGUAUUGGUGAAAGAUGUUGCGGGGGGGUGGAAUUUUUGUUCUUGUUGUACCCUUGUUUUGAAAAUAGAAAUCUGUCCUGUGGCAUGCAAAAGAAAGCAAAUUAUUUUUAAAAGAAAAAAACAAACAAAACCAAAGUACUAUUGGUGUCAUUAUUCUAGCUUCUCCAAAAACGGAGAAGUGAAAAGUAAGAGCAGCUCAUCUUCCAAGUUUUUACUGGGAAUUCAUCUGAAAAGAAAAGAAAUGAAGAAAUACUUCUGGAUCCACAGGUUCGUCACUGGAUCAGCCUUAAGAAAGUCUCUAUGUGUGCUAAUAGACCAGUAUCUCCCUUGUUUGUUCCCAUGCCAGAUGUUGUCUUUUCAUACAGAGAUUAACUGGAGUCUGUACAGAAAAUGGUCUUUCCAGACUCAUUCUUUUGGGCACUAAUAUAAAUGCAGAUUGAUAAUGGAGUUACUUCUGCAUUUUAAAAAGGGGAUUUUUUUUUACACUGUUUCUUUCUAUCCAAAGAAACUAUCUUUUUUUCCUUUAAAAAAUUAUAAUACAGCCAUGCUCCUUGUAAAUGACUUCUCUGAAGCAUCCUCCCAGAGGACAAGUGUACUUUCUCAAUAAUGUUAUGAUUCUUAAUGAUGAUCGGCAUGAACCGUACUUGAAGCAUUUGUUGUGUAGUCCACUUCGCAAUGUGCAAUGACAGAGGGACUUUGUGAGUCAUUUUAGACAUUAGGUGACUGAUGAAUUGUGUGGUUUUAGUUGUGUUUUGUUUUUAUCCUUACAGGUGGAAGGGGAGGGCAAUGUUUAUAUGGAAAUGUUGCAAAAAUCAAAAAUCUUUUAAAAUUUCUAACUGGUAAUCCACAUCGUCUAUUGAACUAGAAAUUUAUCUGGCUUAACGAAUAGAUCUGUAUAGUUUAACUAGAAAUGGAUAUAUGUAGUUUUGGACAUUUUAAUUUUGGUAGCUGUAUUGUGUGGCAGAAACUAUGAUUUGGCAAUGUAAAGAUUUUUUUGUUAAGUUACCAACCAAGAAACAAAUUUAGAUUAAGAAAUGACCUAAAAAGGAUAAUAAGAGAAGCUGUGAUAGUGAUAAACUUUAGAUCUGGAAAUCAGGUAGUAGGGCAGAUGUCUUCAGAAUAUCAUAAAAUGUGAGUUUGUAAAUUGACAAAAUGCAGAAAAUCUUCCCAAUUUACUACUACUAAUUGUGACAGCAAUAUGAAUUUAUCACCGAAUUCUGAUAGAGGAGUCACGUGAAUUUUUUUGAAGUGUACUCUUGGCUCUCAUCAUCUAAUUUUUAAAUACAGAAAUAUAAAUCCCUUUGAAUUAAUUUCAGCGUUUCAAUACUCAAAGUAACCCCACUCAGUUCUGCCUCAUUUAUAUACACUCAACUUUGAGACCUGUUAAGAAUAUCUUUAACACAGGGGUUUUUUUAAGCACAAAGGGAAAAUGGCAGCGUUUCAUUUUUUUAGUGUGUACAUAUAAAUAGAUUUUUCAAAUAAAAUUAAUUGGGUGAAUGUGAAUAUGGUUUGAACCAGCCAGAGUAUGGCAAACGUCUAAGUUUUUUCCCAGUGAUUUGGGAGGGGGAUGUCUAUACAGAACUCCCUCCUGUCCUUUAAAUUAGCUUUUGCCUCUGGCUCUCCAGUGGGACACAUGUGCAUGGGGAGGUCCUUCUCUCUUAGGAUAUAACAGUCAUGUUAGCAACAAAAGGAUUCUGCAGUUAUUUCAUGUCUUCACCACAAUCCGCCACUCUCAAAAUUUGGACAAGUAGGUGUGUCUAUAUAUCCUUUCAUACUGUGUCAGAGUAAGGGAAGAACGUUAAAACUUCAGGAGACAAAAGCUUUGGGGGGUAGGGGAAAGUCUUAUGAGUGUCCUAAACAGAUCUCUCUAAUCUGAAUAAUUACCUUUUUGCAGAAAGCGCCAAUAAAAUUGGUUUUCUUCCACCAAAAACCAAAAAGGUUUUUGUUGAUACCUUUUACAGACCAUCUAAUCUUUAAAAAAAAAAUAAAAAAAAUUAGGCCUAACAUCCCAUUUGCCAUUUCAAGCCCCAUAAAUGUAUUUACUAUACUUAAGAGAAAGGUUAUGGUUCAAUGUUUUAACUCUUACCUACUUAAUGGAGUUGGGUGUUCAGUGUUGGAAAUGGUCAGUGUCUGUAUUUGGUGGCUUGUGAUUGUCCUCAUAGUGGAAGUGAUCAGCUCUGGAGUAACUUGCUGUAUGCUUUCCAUCGUUUGCGUUUUGUGUACUAAUGCUAUGUACUGCUCCUAUAUUUAUAUAUACAUAUAUAUUAUCAGAGUAAUCUUGUGGAUUGUUGCUCUAAAACUAGGACUAUGAUGUAGAUACUACUGCAGCUGCAGUGAAUAAUGAGUCAAUGCCCUUGGCUUAGUUUAGUCUUGGGCUGGAAGUCUACAUCUUUUGACCUCUUUUAUUUUAUAGGAUGCUUUUUAUUAUGUAGGCACUGCCAUUCCUGAAUAUUCCUUGUAAAGAUGCAUUGAAGAAGUCAAUUUCAAAGGAAGACAAAGCCACUGCUGUCUGUAAACUGUAAAUAUGUAUUUUGGCACUUGUACUCCAGUCUUCUGAAAAUAGAAUUACGACGGACAUGCUGACAGAUCCUUAAUGGUGGCCCGAGCUACCAUGCAGUGCAAAAAUAAAUUAAGUAAAAAUGUAUGCUUGAGAUUCACAGUGCAAGGCUAUUACGUUUUAUAAAUCUGUCAGUAUCUUUUUAAUGGAGUGUGUAUGUGUAGCUAUGUUGAAAGAUACACUGUGUAUAUGUGUGUACAUGCUUUUAUGUGAACCGCAAGGCACACGUAAGAUGUAUUUCCCAUCUCUAAAACCCAUGGUGGAACGUAAGUACCAAUGGAUAGAAGUAGGUGUUUUACUUAAGUUUGUACUUGAUCGAUUGCAGUACUAUUUUCUUUAAAAUGUAUAGUCUUACUCUUUUGCUAAGAUUCAUUUGACCACACUUUGGCUUUACUUUGUAUACAGGAAGAAUGAGCCCUAGCCCUUUUUUUAAGAAGUGAUGCUGUUCCUACAGAAGAAUUAAUGGAGAGAUCUGAGGCAGCCAGAGAAAGAACAUGUGUCCAAACCUGCUGAGGGCAGAGAGUCCCUGCCUCAUUCAUCGUUAGGUCCCCCGUGUCCGGCACCAUUUUCUGUGUCCUAAAGCUGGCAUAUGUAUUUUGAUUUCUGCAGACUUGAGCAAGAAGUGGUGGGGGCACAUUCUUGGAAUAAACUGGGCUACUUAUG